UCAGUCUGCCCUUUCCCAAUUAAUCGCCAUUUUCUGUUUCUUCGACGACGAAAUAUGUCCAAAAUGGACGCCAAACCCUAUUCUUCUUAUUUGGCUGGCUUUCUUUUGUAAUUAAUUAAUUCCUUCACGCAACGGAGAAUUGGAUCGCAGUGUUGCACCCAUGGAGAAGCCACCUUCCGCGCCGUCGCCGCCGCCCUCCACCACCUUCGUCCAGGCCGACGCCGCCACCUUCAAGGAGCUCGUCCAGCGCCUCACAGGACACCACGAGCCCCCGCACCGCCGCUCGCCGCCAAACUCUCCGUCCGUCGACGCAGCGAGACUCUCCGGCGUCAAGCGGCUCCACGAGAGGCGGCGGGGCGGCGGCGGUUGCUCGCGGCUGAAGCUCUCCGUCCAUAAACCCGCAGCAGCGGGCCCUGCCUCGAAGCCAGCGAGCCCGGCAGCGGCGGAGGAGGAGGAGGUGGGACACAAGGAGGUGAUCGUCGUCAACGAAGAGGAGGAGGAGCAGGCGAUCAAAGAGAGGCGGUUCUAUUUGCACCCUUCGCCCCGGUCCAGGACGAGGAUGCCCCAGCCGGACCUGCUGCCCCUGUUUCCGCUGACCUCGCCGAAGGCCGGCGAACAGUGAGGACUGUUGCAAUUGCUGCUGAAAUUAUAGAGAAGAUUAAAAAUACUUUUUGAUGGAUUAUUCUCCAUCGAUAAAUCGAGUAUUAAUUUAGGAAAUUGCAAAGAGAUAUCAGGCAUUCUUUGGCUUCACAAAAGUUAUUUCUCAUA